AUGUCCACGGCCUAUUCUUCGCACUCCGUUCAACCUGUCAACGGUGUUCCUUCGAGUGCAAGUCUAACUGGCUACGUGAGCGCUCCACAGCAGCUUAUGGACAGAGGUGCUUCCGAUUACUCGCAGUCAGGUUUGCGCGCGUCUUUUCCACUUGUGAGCGAAUCUCAGUCUGAAGGAUCUUUGCCAGAUCAAGCGUCUGCUGCGCAGUACCCGGCCGGUCAGGACGUUCGUCCCUCAAACUUUUCAUCCUCCGCCACGCCCACGUCCGAGUACGGCAUUCAUCCUUCGUCGGCGCGUUCAGGCUCCUUUCCGGAAUACUUGACGCGUCCGCAGUAUCCCGAGGGAACUGCUCGUUACCAUCCUCCUAGCAACCAGAGCGCCAGCACUGGAGGUAUGGCUCAAGCAACAAGUCCGUCCAUGCCUUUAGCAGCAGAUGGACACACAAAUGGCCAUCGCACCACGCAUCACGUAAAGUCUGACCCCGAUCUGCCUAUAGAUCCGUCCAUUGCCGCGUCGAGUCCCACCUAUCCUCCGCCAACCCAAUACUCGCCUUAUCCGCCCCAGCACGACAUGACCCAGCCGUAUCCCGCCCAUCCGGCCGCGCCGCAAAUGUAUCACCGCCCAGAGUGGCAGUAUGCGCCCGCAGGACACGCGCAUACCCUCCCCGGCGGCGCCUAUGGCCACCCUUCGCCCGCCACCACGGUAUCAGCAGCGUCACCGGCAGCCACCGCGGGACCUCGUCCUGGACAGGUUGGGCUCGCUUUUCCAGACAGGAGAUACUAUUCUAACGCGCCACAGCAGCCCCACCUCUCUCAGGUGUACUCCUUUGUGCCCAUUCCAGGCGCGCAGCAGCACAAGCGCCCGCGUCGUCGUUAUGAAGAGAUUGAGCGCAUGUACAAGUGCGGCUGGAAUGGCUGCGAAAAGGCAUAUGGCACGCUCAAUCACUUGAACGCGCAUGUUACCAUGCAGUCCCACGGCCAGAAGCGCACUCCUGAAGAAUUCAAGGAGAUUCGCAAGGAGUGGAAGGCACGAAAGAAGGAGGAGGAGAACGCGCGCAAGGCGGAGGAGGAGAGACAACGGCAGGCGGCUGCUGCUCAGGCAACCCAGGUUGACGGCCAAGCUGCCGAAGCUUCCCAAGCGCCUGCGGCUUCGACGUACCCGCCAGGUGUGCGCCCUCAGCUCCCGCCCAUUGGAUACGCUCCGGCUGGUGGUCAAGUUGCCGGACAAUAUGCGGCUCCGAGCGGUGGCAUGGAUCAGAUGCAUCAACUAUAUUCCAACUACGCUCAGUCGCCUUAUACGCAAGGCAGCCAGAUGUACCAACAACGUUAA